AUGGAUCUGGCAAAUUUGGUUACGAGGGACGUGAACGACUCUGCUAGAGUCUCAUCACACCGUCAUUCGACCUCUCAGGUCAGAACAUACGAUCAAUACCGGGAAGGAUCAGUCUCCGAUUCAUACUUCCCCUCGUCGACCGCGAGCUAUGUUUCUCGCUCUCCGCAGCCUCCUCUCUCCCCUCCAGUCGAGGACCAGAGAAAAUGCUCUCUCCCGUCUAUCUCCAGUCUCCUUGAGGGAGCUGACAGGUCCUCAAUUCCUGCAGCAAAACGCCAAAGACAAGACAAUCCUUUCCAGAGGGAACGGGCAUACUCCCACGCAGCUGAUCACAUUGCGGGGAAUGCCUCGAAGGUGGCCAUGCCUCCUACUCCACCAUUGCGUCCGGACUCUGGAUUCCACAGCACCGGUCACUCUCCAUCUUCGUCGACGUGUUCGCAGUUCACACCCUCGAAUGCCAGAGCCGGUAGCCCUGCCAGUGCUUCUGAGACAUAUCAGCAACGGCACCAGCCCUAUGUCACGCUACCAAGUCCGACGGAGCGGGGAUCGAUCUCUCAGGAAUCUCAGUCGCGGUAUUCAGCUCAGCCGUACGCUUCUCCGGCUCCUAGCAACAGUUCGUAUAGUUCGCCCGUGGAGGUACCACCAGCUGCGGCCUAUUACCAGAGACCGCCUCCACCCAGCAACUACAAUGGCCAGAACUAUGUCACUCCUAUGGUUUCUUCAACGCAUCCUCAAAUGAUCUCGCCAGUGACACCAGCAUGGCAGCACCAUCACUACUUCCCACCAUCAAGCUCCGAUCCGUAUCCCCAGAACCAUGACCGAUACAUCUGCAGAACGUGCCACAAGGCGUUCUCACGACCAUCCAGUCUGCGAAUCCACUCUCACAGCCACACUGGAGAGAAGCCGUUCCGCUGCACUCACGUUGGUUGCGGCAAAGCAUUCAGCGUGCGCAGCAAUAUGAAGCGUCACGAAAGAGGAUGCCACAGUGGCCGUCCAAUGCCUACAGCUAUGGUAUGA